CCUGGGCUGAGCUGUGGAAGGGAGGCCCCAGCUCCCUCUUGCUGACAUCUUCCUUCAUCUGCCCACAGCAGCCACCCUUGGUGGGUGGGCCCCCAGAGGGUGACUCCCUGUGUGAACCCCCAGAAGUGAGCAGGCCUGACCUCUGUCCACUCAGGAAGCCCCCAGGCCAGAGGAGCGGGCCAAGGACUCAGACCCUGGGCCUGCAGGAGAGAUCGGCCAGCCCCAGAAAAGCCCCACUGAGGACGGUCUAGCCCCGGUGGCUCGGAGGCUAGAGGAGGCAGCUCUGCCUUCUGAGGGUGCAGCCUACACCUCUGGGGACCACGUGGAUGAAGGCAUGGCCCCCACUGGGCCCACAGUGGACACUUCCAAGGAGCCCGUGACCUUCAGGGAUGUGGCUGUGGACUUCACCCCUGAGGAGUGGGGGUGGCUGGGCCCCUCUCAGAGACAGCUGUACCGGGACGUGAUGCUGGAGACCUACCGGAACCUGGUCUCCCUGGGGCUGCCUGUCUCCAAACCGGACGUGAUCUCCUGGCUAGAACAAGGGGAUGGUGGCUUUCUCUGGACACUCCACCUCUGCCCUCCAGAUUCAGAGCUUCAGUCUAAGACCAAGGAGGCAACUUCAAAGCACGGCACUCCUGAAGAAGCAUCCCAGAGGGUGACAGUAGAAAGACUCCGAAGGUAUAGUCUUUGGUACUCCAUUUUGAAGGAAACAGCAGAAUGUGAGAAUCCCAUAAAGAAGCAGCUGGGGAACCAGGAAAGACAUGGGAGACAAAUCUGGAAACAGCAACAGAUUCUUACAGGCGAGAAAAUUCAUAGGUGUAAUGAAUGUGGGAAAAUGUACAAGAAGCAUGAAAACCUUAUUAUUCAUCAUAGGAUUCACAAAUAUGAAUGUAAAGAAUGGGGCAAUGCCUUUAGUGAUCGUUCAUAUCUUGUUAAACAUCAGAGAACUCAUGCUAGAGAGAAGCCUUGUCAAUGUAAUGAAUGUGGGAAAGCCUUCCAUCACCACUCACACCUGGUGAAACAUCAGAGGAUUCACACUGGAGAGAAACCUUAUCAAUGUAAUGAAUGUGGGAAAGCCUUCAGUCAGUGCUCCAGCCUUAUUCAACAUCAAAGGAUUCAUACUGGAGAGAAGCCUUAUAAAUGUGAUGAAUGUGGGAAAGAAUUCAGUCACCGCUCACACCUAAUUAAUCACCAGAGAAUCCACACUGGAGAGAAACCUUAUAAGUGUAGUGAAUGUGGGAAAGGGUUCAGUCAGUGCUCCAGUUUUAUUAAACAUCAGAGGAUUCAUACGGGAGAGAAACCUUAUAAAUGUAACAUAUGUGAGAAGGGGUUCAGUCACCACUCACACCUCACUAAUCACCAAAGGAUUCACACUGGAGAGAAGCCCUAUAAAUGUAAUGAAUGUGGGAAAGUCUUCAGUCAUAGCUCACACCUUAUUGUACACCAGAGGAUUCAUACUGGAGAGAAACCUUACAAAUGUAACGAGUGUGGGAAAGCCUUCAGUCAUAGCUCAAACCUUAUUGCACAUCAGAGGAUUCACACUGGAGAAAAACCUUAUAAAUGUAAUGAAUGUGGGAAUGCCUUCAGUCACCGCUCAAACCUUAUUAAACAUCAAAGGAUUCAUACUGCAGAGAAAUCUUAUCAGUGUAAUGAGUGGGAAAGCCUGCAGUAACCACUGGGAUCUCGUUGCACAUCAAAGUAGUUGUACUUGUAAGAAACCAUGAAAAUUAAUAUGAGAAAAGCUUUCAUCAUUGUUCAUACCUCAUUGCAGAGACAUCAUGUAGAGAAGAGAGUGCUGGGCUUCCAAUCAAGAAUACUCUGGAACCUUAAGGUCCUCAAGUCCCUAAAAUGGGCAAGGCUGCCCAGGGAAGGGUCCACAUGGCCUCUUUUUGUUGAAGCAAACACCUGUACUAGCGGUGUAACCAUGGACAAGUCAUUGAGCUUCAGUUUUUUCAUCUACAAAAUGAGACUAAUUAUAACACCUCACAAGGCUUGUUUUGAGAGGCAAGUGAGGCCAUAUGUACAAAGUGAAAACCUUUAAGCAUUAUGUGACAAUUAAUAGUAAACACCAGAGGAUUCACACUGGAGAGAUUUCUUAUUAACAUAUGUGAGAAAACCUUCACUUAGGCAGAAUUUCCAAAAUCUUGGGCAGAAGACCAUUUCUUGGGAAGAACAAAUCGGUGGCCAAAAUGUUUGACUAUUCAAGUGCCACAUAAUCCAUUUUCUUCCAUGAAAACAGCAUGGCAUACAUGCUGGCCUUGGCACCAGAAAGACGUGGGUUGAAACCCCACCUCUGACAUAGAUUGGCUACAGUACCCUGGACAAGUCACUUCCCCAAGAUGGUAAGUUACAGAGAAGAUGCUGGCAGGCCUUGGUAGAGAGAAUUCCUCCUUGGGAGCUCCCUAUGCCAGUGAUAUCACUGUUCUUGUCCCUACCCCUUCUUCCAUGAAAAUAAAGUUUGAACAGUCAGGGAAGGUGAGAUCCAGUGGAGUUCAGUCAUUCAGGGUCCCACAUGAGUGCUUUGUGUUGGAUUUUGAGGCAUCAUUGCCAACUAUCAGUUAAGUUGUGUGUUAGGUGAGGUGUAUUUUUGGGUCACUGUGCAUCUGCUCUCUGCAUUCAAAGUGAAGCAUGUAAACUUGAAAUGACAUGGUCUUUGUGUGGAAGGUCAAGGCAGCAUAGUACAUGCUGUAUUUCUCAACCUCAUUUAUUUGGGCAAGCACAGUGUAGUCUUAUUUAAAAAAAACAAUCCUGCAACUUGAAAAGAUAGGAAUAACUAAAAAGUGGUUAUAGGCUCUUGUUGGAAAUUUUUAGUAAUUCAAAUUGAACUAUCUUACAGUUUGUCUCAAAUUUUAAAAAGUGAAAUAAUCUCUGUCCAUGAGAGAGAAAUGCUUAACUAGUUUUAAGAGAAAGUCCACUGGAACAGUUAAAACUAGUUCAAAUGAAGACUGCAGAGCCAUUUUAGGUACCAUAAAUAGGGAAACACAAAGGAAAAAACCUGAAUGUGAAGAUUGUAUUUGUCACUAGGGUUCCUUAGUGUGAAUACUCUGAGUAGCCAGAGAAGUCUGUGGCCUUGCUCUCCCAGGCCUGCUUCUUAUUACGCACCUCUGGGACAUUUAAGCCUUCACUGCACCCAGUUCUAGUUAGAGCUAGCUCCAGAAACUCUUCUGAAAUCUUCCCGAUGCAACUUACCUUUAAUUCCACCUUCCCCAUCACUAGAAAACCCCCUUUUUCUAGUGGUCUCUGAUCCCUGACCCCAUUAUGGUACCAGUGACCUGAUAGCUACUAAAGUAGGCCCUUUGUCUUAAAAUCCUCUAUAGACAUGGGCAUCUAGUAAGUGGUUCUGUGCCUUGGACCAGAGUCCGGGUCUCACUGCUCAUCUGGGCACGCCCCCUGCAUCCUGUUUUAUGAGGCAUAGGGGCAAGGGAAGCCUCAGGUACCUUUCUCUGGACAACUUUGCUGUUCAUCUGGCUGUAUCAACAAGCCAUUUUGACCCACUCUAGUGUUGCUAUAUGCUAUCCACCCAAACUGCACUCUAAAUUUACAUGACCUACUGUUGAUGGAAAGCUUACUGUAUUUGUACAAGUGAUUUAGCUGCAGAUGGCAUGACACUUCAAACAGACCUGAGCAUUUCCACACAGAAUUUGUUGGCAAAAUAAGAUAUUCCUCUCCCCCCCACCCCAUGAGAUCCCAUGCUUUUAAUAAACAAAACCAGACUCAGAAUCCUUGUCUGUGACUACCAAAGUAGUGCUUGGAUCCUUAGGUUCCCAAGGAAUUGCUAAGUGUCAAAAGCUUCAUUCUGUGGAAGAGAGAUUAGUUGCUGCCUGUACUGAUUGAUAAGGUCUAAAUGGUGUCAGUGAAUCAUGCAGAGGAACCCCCAAUGCUACCACUUGAAAAUAGCUCUGUAGCAAGGGGAAUUGCCCUUAUGUCUGAAGAUCCUUGUGAUCUAUUAAUUCAGAAAUCAUCAUCUUCCCAUUCUUACAGGCGACCAAAGCAGCAGAUAUAAAUAAAGGUGCUCAUUUGACUGUAACGAUAUAUUGCUUGCUGAUCAAGUCCAGUCAGUGAGUCAACUUGCACUUAUUAUAUGCCAGGUGCUGGCCUAAACACUGAGAAUCCAAAUACAGAAAAUAAGACAGACCUUGCCUUCAAGAAACUUACGUUUCAAUGAAGGAAGCAAACACAUAACAAGGAGCUGAAAAGGAAGCAUGGUGGUGAAAAUACCAGGCAAGGGGACUUAGGAGAAGUGUCCUGUGCAGAUGAGUCAGGAGAACAUUCUGGAGAGGAAUGAAGACAUGGCAGGCCUGGGCCUCCUCCUUAAAAUGGAGGUACUGGGAAGAGCCAGCCAAUCAGAGGGAGAGGCCACAGGACAGAGGAUAUUUCCAGUGUGAGAAGCAGUCCAGGGGCGGAAGGAGCUUCUAGCAUGAAGACAUUUCUAUGACCUAGUAGAGGAAGUCCUGAGAAGAUGAGUUAGGCAUGUGGUUUGGAAAGAAAUAGAGUUAGAGAAGACUUGUUAUUUUUUAGACUUUUUGGUGGUGAUAUUAGAGCAAGGGCAAAUGUCAACAUAACAGAUUAUUUUAAAGAAAACUAUUUAACACAGGAGUGUUCUAUUGGGCUCUGCCCCAGUGGGGCUUAGUCAGUGAGACAGGUUGAGGAGUAGUAGUUCCAAAUGUGCUUGGGCCCUCUUGCUAUAUGCACAGAGUACAUGCAUCAGAGAGUUACUGGUAUCAAAGAAUAUGACUGAAUCACUAAACACAGCUUUUCAAGUUAUAUAAUGGCAGUCCACUUUAUUUAAAAAUCAGCUUGACUUUUUCCUGAAAAAGCCAUGAGAAAGAAGUCUCUUUGCAACUUGGAAUGCUUUUGGUGAGAGGGUAGGUCACCUUCAGUUUGGGGUGAAACAUGCCACAUACUGACACUAAAGUACUUCUAAGGGUGUUUGAGCUAGAAUAAGAAAUUUCCAUUUUUCUUUGUGGUAGUAAUGACAUAAAUCUGUCUUCUAACACAAAUUUGCUUCUGAGAUUUGCAGAUGUGGCAGAUGUUUGUAAAAAACUCAGUACUCUAAAAAAAAUUCCAUGACUUCAAAUUCAUGCUCUCAUAAAAUAAAGUAACCAGAUUUAUGAAACAAUUAAGAAUUAUCGAUAAUAAAUAUGCAAAAUAAUGGCCUUAUUGUUUCCCAAUUUUAAGACAGCCAGCCCUGAAAAUGAAAUAGAAGUGAAGGCCAGCUGAUUAGUCAUUGGCCGGUCUACAGAAGUCAUUCACAUUUUAUUUUAAAAGCCUAGAUUUUUCAAUUGUGAAUGGAUAAAGAACCCGUUUUCCCAGUACAAAUAUGAUAUAUGUGACCCUACUCCUAAAUGAGAAUGGUUAAUAGAUUUCUCUCGUGAUAAUUCAGUUCAUUAAAUGUUUUCUAAAUAGGUAGGUGGUGCAGUGGACAGAGUGCCUGG